CGCGCGCGCGCGGGACGCUGCAUUCGCUGAGGGCUCGCGCCUCUGCGAUCUCAGUGUGUCAGCAAUAAGUUGAGACGUACGGGGGUGGUCCCGCGCUGCCGGCCCCUCCGCCGAGCCCCCUCUUCCUUCGAUGACACGGACACAUCGGGAUCGCGUGCCGCUGUGUCACAGCCGCUGUCACUGUGCACAUCGGCGCAGCCGGAUUUGCGCACAGCACCACUCGACUCCGCCGGGCUUGUAGUGUCACAAAGCAGAAGGAGAAGGAGAGGAAGAACAUCCUGCCUCGGACCUGGAGCGCGACCUGCUGACCGGUGUUUUUAAUGCGUCUCCCCGCGUUAGACUCAACAAUGAACGCUGAGCAAGAUUUUGGGGACGGCUCCACAAACGUGACCCUCACUCUCAGACUGCUCAUGCAUGGAAAGGAAGUUGGCAGCAUCAUAGGAAAGAAAGGAGAGACGGUGAAAAGAAUACGAGAAGAAAGCAGUGCACGCGUCAACAUCUCGGAGGGCUCCUGCCCCGAGAGGAUCAUCACCAUCAGCGGACCCACCGAGUGCGUCCUCAGAGCCUUUGCCAUGAUCACGUUAAAGCUGGAGGAGCAGGAUCUCACAGCUCUCGUGGCCAACGGCGCCGUGGCCAGCAGACCUCCCAUCACUCUUCGGCUUGUUAUUCCCACAAGCCAGUGUGGCUCGCUCAUUGGCAAGGGAGGAUCGAAGAUAAAGGAGAUCAGAGAGAGCACCGGGGCCCAGGUACAGGUGGCAGGGGACCUGCUGCCCAACUCCACAGAACGUGGAGUUACAGUGUCGGGAACACAAGAUGCCAUCAUCCAGUGUGUCAGACUGAUCUGCACAGUCAUCCUCGAGUCUCCUCCAAAGGGGGCCACUAUUCCUUACCGCCCCGGUCCAUCCCCAGGAGCUGUUCUCCUGCCCAGAAAUCAGGCCUCCGAUUUUGGGUCACACCCGCUGUACUGCGUCACCCAAGGAGCAGUCGAUCUGCAGCAAGCGUACAAUUUACAGAAUCAAUACGGCAUUCCGCACUCCGAGCUGGCCAAGCUCCACCAGCUCUCCAUGCAGCAGAACCUGGGCUCGGUGAGCCAGCCCAGCACCGGUCCCGCUCUCUCCGGGAUUGAAUCCAACUGCCAGACGUCAUCGCAGGAGCUACUCAUUCCCAACGAUCUGAUUGGCUCAGUCAUCGGCCGACAAGGUACCAAGAUCAACGAGAUCCGCCAGGCGUCCGGGGCGCAGAUAAAGAUCGGCAGUCAGCUGGACAGCACCAGCGACCGGCACGUCACCAUCACGGGCUCCACAGUGAGCAUCAAUCUGGCCCAGUUCCUCAUCACCUCCUGUUUGGAGACCGCCAAGUCCACCGCCCAGUCCUCCUCCUCCAUGGCCGCCACGGCUGAUCUUAACCUGAGAUUCACCCAGCAGUCCUCCGCUGCCUCGUCUCCGGUCGCAGCCCUGGCAGCGAUGGGCGCCGUGCCCCACGCCCCGGUGCUGGGAGCCCCCUACACCCUCCCCUUGUCCAGCCUCCUCGGAGUGAAGCCAGUCCCCUUCCUGGCCAUAACCGCACCGCCUGCGCCCGUCCCUGCCCACGGAUCGCUGGCCUCCUUCACCACUAAGAUUUCCUCGGCCAACGGGAUCAAGAAACCCGAGAGACAGAAGUUUGCGCCCUACUGAUGUUCCGUCGCGGCUCCCCAACCCAUCGCAUCGAGGGAUGAGAAACAGGGCCAUUUUUUUCUCUGUGUGUGUGUGUGUGUGUGUGUGUGUGUGUGUGUGUGUGCGCGUGCAGCACUUCUGCAUCAUAUUGCCAGGUAGAAAAGAGACCACUUCUUUCGGUAGCUUUCAUGUGCGUUGUCCUCGAACCGCAAGGGGCGAGCCAGAUGGAAAGUCGGCACAUCUAGCGAUCCGUACUUUGUUUUCGAAGAAUACAUCUUCUUUACUCAUGGACCGCUCUGAACAUCCGCUCCUUCAGGUCGGGCAACAAAGACGUUUUUUUCCACUAAUUUCUACAUGACAGAAAGGCAGCUGACGCUCAGCAAAAUACACACACGAAAAAAAAAAAAAAAAAAUCGACAGAAUGUCCGUGCGUUAUGUUAUUUUUUUUCUUAGCGUCUGAAAUUAGCUAUUUAUUUAUUUUCAUUACUUCUUUUGUUAAUUAUACGGAUUUCCCGCAAAAACGUCGCAUUUUGAUCCGUUUUGUUGCCGUUCGCCGUCGACUCGCGUUCAAACAUGCGGUGAAUGUUGACGAACCUCGGUGGACGCGGACCCGUUUUGCGCAGCAGGUAUCCCGAUUCGAAAGAAAGCGCGUUUUUUCCCCCCCGCCGCACAGGUGUGAGGACGCUUGCGACGCGCGUCGCUUUUGCAGCAACUUGCUGGAAAACGGCGCGUGAGGAAUGUCACUCCAGCCAACGCUGUCCGUCCCCCUAUUCAAGAAAACGGGGAAAAUCUUGGUUGAGUCGCUCCUGUUCAGAGCUACAUAAGAAGAAAGGGCUAUUCGGACCAGUGUUACAGGCGGGUUUGAGCCCCGAACCCCGAACCCCCACCCGACAAACCAAAAGAUCCACCGCGGUUCACGAAAACCACGCCGGAGCUCAGAGAAACACAACACACUUUUACCACGAUUAUUAGUGACCACAGAACUGGCAAAAGGUGAAAAUCGCUUCACUAGUAAAGCGAGCGAAUGAAUCUGCGUUUUUUUUCCAUACGGACGUUUGUCGUACGUGUCUUAUCUGAAAUAUUGUGGUUUUUAUUUAUUGUCUCGAUUUUGUUUGUUCGCUACCGGUCGAGUUAUUAAAAAUGACGCAUUAACCAAAAUGGCGCCGCUUCGGUGUUGUUUGCCUUUUCUUCGGGGUGUCCGAACGGAUCCGUGACGUCACGUCGGCGGGGGAUUCGCCGUGAAAUCGAGCUUCGCCCGGUCCUUGGGUCGCCGAAGGAACCCGAUGCGCUUUACUCAUUAUUUCUACUGCUUUUAUCACACGAUAUCUGUGUUUCCAGCUUUUGAAAUACGAAAGUGAUGUCUGGAACUUCUCAGCCGUAAAUUCACUGGACGGCAGAGCCGGAAACGCCGGAAGAUUCGGAACGUCCGGCGACGAGACUCUGCACUUGGAUUCGCCCCUUUCUGUCGUCACUAUGUUUAGUGUAUCGUCUGGCAAUGGUUUUUUCUCUCUUUUUUUUUGCGCUCAAGGCUUUUUCGUCGCUGAAUCGGAAGCAGAAAAACGAGAUUUAUUCACUGCGGCUUCAAAGUCAAAUCGGGGGGAAAUAACGGAACGCUUCCGUGCGGUGCGUCGCUCACGACGUCACCUUUAAAGACGCAAAAGUGUGAAAUGAUAUAACGGCAACCUUUGUUCGCUUAUCUCAUGCGGCCGCUUUUCGCAAGGCCGAGGUUCCGGCGAAGCCACCUGGUGCGAUUCAGCGGUAAAUCCCA